AUGGCAGAAGCAUUCAAAUUCAAACUGCUUCAAUCCACUCCUUAUUAUGCUCAAGCUAAUGGACAGGCAGAAUCAAGCAACAAGUUGUCAGAAACUCUGUGGGCAUAUAGAACUUCUAAAAGAGAAGCAACUGGCAUGACACCCUAUGCAUUAACCUAUGGUCAUGAUGCAAUUCUGCCUAUGGAAAUAGUUGUUCAGUCCCUCAGAAUUGCUCACCAACAUAAUCUGGUAGGAGAAAACUACUCUCAAGCCAUGCUGCUAGAACUGGAAGGAUUGGAUGCAAGCAGAAUUGACACCCUCAAUAAACUCCAGACAGGAAAGCAAGCUGUGUCAAAAGCCUAUAACAAAAGAGUCAAGAACAAGAGUUUUGAAGAGGGAGAGAUAGUCUGGAAAGCAGUUCUACCCCUUGGAACACAUGUGGCUGGUUAUGGAAAAUGGUCACCUACAUGGGAAGACCCUUUCAUAAUCAAUCAGAUCCUUGGAAUGGGGGCAUACAGGUUGCAGGAUAGAGAUGGAGAAAUUCAUGCAGCCCCAAUCAAUGGCAAAUGGUUAAAGAAGUUUUAUCCAACCAUGUGGGAUUCACUUCUAUUUAGAGUUAUCUUGGGCUGGCCUAGAAGCUGCAACCAUGCUCUGCACAAGGAAGGUGGCCUUAGUCAUGGAGCUCAGUCCAGCCCCAAGCUUGUUCUGCACCUCCCUGCACUCUGCCAGUUGCUUUUGAAGCUCUUCAAUCUGCUUCUCCAGCUUGUCUGCAGUGGCCUUGGCCUCCUUGUAUCCCGACACCAUCUGGUCCAGUUCUGCCUUCUGCUUUGCAAAAUCAGCCAGGUUGGCUUCAUGAGUAGCCUUGCAGAACUCAGAGGUUUUGAAGGUAGGCUUGAGAUCCUCAUAUCGAUCGUGGAGGUUAAGCACAUCUCUUGCCAGGCCAAGGCUCAUCUCAAGUAUGGGCUUGGGAGAUAUGUUCUGUCUGUGCAGCAGGUCCAGGUCUUUCAUCAGCUAGUCAAUGGCUUCCCUAUCCUCAUCCAGCUCCAGCUCAGUGGACUGCCAGAUCUUUAG